CACACACACUCACACACACCCCCGUUGGGUGUGUAUCACUGUAGCCCAUGUAGGCAGGAGAAAAGCUCUAGACUUCUCACGAUCGAAGACAGCGUACCACGUUACAGGAGAGAGGUGGACGAAGAAAGGACGUCGCUGAAUCGAGCAGAUAUGUAUUUGUCCAGCCCAUUUUAGCCUAUUCUCUUUAUUAAGGAGGCAGAGUCUCUGCCUCUAACGCCAGCGCGGUUGAGCAUCUCUAACAGGCUGACUGCAUCGAGGGCAGUGUAAAACGGCGCCGUGUUUAUCUGGCCCUGCUGCUAUCGCUUAUCUCUUCCUAAUUUACGUGAUUCUGACUUUAACCGCGCUUUUAGCCUACCAGUGCUGAUUAGCUAGCCGUCUGGAGCCGCGCUUGAGGGGGGCAUGUGCUCUGUUCGUUUACUGCAACGGAAAGCUGUCUGUCUCUCUCACACGACCUGAACGACUGCAGAGGACGGCGAGACAGGGAGCGGCUGCGCUGGAGCACGUUUUUGGGGUUUUAUGUUUUGGGGUCAGUAGCUAGCUGCUUGUGGACUCUGGUAGGCUACAAGACUGGAACCCUGUCAGUCCAUUUGUAGGCGAGUAGCCUACCGAGACGGUUCAUUCUUUAGCGGGGAUAUUCAUAUUUCACCGAUGGCCGCGUUCUCUUGACACAACCGCGGCAGGGAGUGUAGAGCAUAUCCUUGUAUUUUUGAGUUUUGUGCUAACUGAGGUAAAAUGUAAACGCUCGAGAUUUACAGAAUCGUCAGAAUUCGCAAUUCAGCAUUAAUUAGGAUCGACGCAAAGGCCUUAUCGCUGUAUCCCCACCAAAAUGCCGGCUGGAAUGAAGCCGCUGGAAAAGUUUCUGAAGAAGCAGACCAACGCACUCACUCGCGCCGGGGGCUUCGGGGACAAGGCGGUCGGCACCGGGGCGUCGCGGCGGCGGGCCAGUCUGUCUCGGGUGGUCCCGUUCUUCAGGGAGACCUCUCCCGAGGGCGGCCCGGCGCGGGACGUCUUCAGCCCAGAGACGGAGGAGGCACCGUGCUGGCCGUCCGCCGCCGCGGACAUCAGGAGCCCCUCUCUGUCUAGCGACGAGCAGAGCUCCGAGGCGAGCCUGGACACCAGCUGGACGCCUCUGGCCGCGGACACGCCGGAGAACCUGGCGCUGGCGCUGCUGGACAGCGUGGCGGGCAAGCGGUACGGCAACUGCACUGAAAUUCUCCUGGAUGACUUCAUGUUGACACACCCUAUCUUCCUGGCAUCCGACAAGUUUCAGCAGGUUCUACUUCAGCAAUUUGGUACGGAGGGCAGGCAGGGCGAAGGCUGGCCCAGCUGGGAUGGAGUGGAGAGGAAGCAGGCCGUGCUGAGUGUGGCCUUCCGCUACCUGGACACAUACAGAGAACUGCUCCAGGAGGAGGGGGACAGGUCCAACAGCUUCCCCAAGGACCUGUAUCUGUGUGCUGUGCAAGAGCUCAGCCGCUUCCCUGAGCUAGUAGAGGAUGUCCUAAAGCUCCAGCGCUGGACCGAGAUCCUUCAUAACCCUGCGGAGGAGGACAAGGAGAGUCGGAAGAAACAGGUGCGUCCGCUCUUUCGUCACUUCAGACGCAUCGACGCCUGCCUGCAGCCUCGAGAGGCCUUUCGCGGCUCAGAUGAGAUCUUUUGCAGGGUGUAUACACCAGACCACUCGUAUGUGACCAUCCGCAGUCGCUUGUCAUGCCGCGUGGGAGAGAUUUUGGCCCUGGUGCGGGAGAAGUUGCAGUACAGUGAAGAUCAGCCUACCCAGCCCGCUAACCUCAUACUGGUGGCAGUCACUUCUUCUGGAGAGAAGGCCGUGUUUCGUCCCAGCGAUGAGGCCGUCUUCACCACCCUGGGUGUCAACACCCACCUGUUUGCCUGCGAGCCCUCGGAGCUGGAGAGCCUGAUGCCCCUCCCUGAGGAGAUUCAUUGGUCACCGGGGGACAGCAAACUUCACGACAUGAGUGCGGAGGAAGUGGCCAACCAGCUGGUGGUGUUUGACUGGGAGCUGUUCAGCUGUGUGCAUGAGGUGGAGUUUGUGUGUUACGUGUUCCAUGGGGAGCAGGCUCGCUGGCGCCCCCUCAACCUGGAGCUGGUACUGCAGCGAUGCAGUGAAGUGCAGCACUGGGUCGCCACGGAGAUUCUGCAGUGCCAGUCACUGCCAAAAAGGGUGCAGCUGUUGCGCAAGUUUAUCAAGAUAGCAGCUCUGUGUAAGCAGCAGCAGGACCUGCUGUCUUUCCUUGCUGUCGUUCUGGGGCUGGACAACCCUGCAGUUAGCCGCCUGCGCCUUACCUGGGAGGGCUUGCCAGGAAAGUUCCGGAAGCAGUUCCAGCAGUUUGAGAGCAUUGCAGACCCCUCCAGGAACCACAAGUCAUACAGGGACCUGCUAGCUAGUCUGAGGGCCCCGCUCAUCCCGUUCACCCCACUGCUGCUCAAAGACCUGACCUUCCUUCAUGAGAGCUGUAAGACCUUCCAUGGGGAGCUGGUUAAUUUUGAGAAGAUGCAUAAAGUGGCAGAGAUGGUACGGAGCAUCAGGCGGUACAGGAGUACUCAGCUAGUUAUGGACGCAGAGCCCUCCCCCUCUCACCUCCAGACAAAGGCGUAUGUGCGGCAGUUGCAGGUCAUCGACAAUCAGAACCUGCUUUUUGAAAUGUCCUGCAAGCUGGAGCCCAAAGACAUGUAAUGGGGCCAAUCAUCUCCCAUCCACACCUUCAAAGCCCCUCCCUCUUCUACAUAAACCCCGCCCCCUGAUCUGCACUUUGACCAAUCUGGAAGCUCCAUUCGCUCUGUCUCUGCUGCUCCGUCACAGCUGGACUGCUGGAUUGGCCCUUAACUCAGUGACAAUGGAGGAAUAGCAGGAAUACUUGCUGCUAUUAGUCUGGACACCUUCAGGAUGCUGUGAAACAUUCAGACAGAGCUGAAUGUUAUAGAGCACCUUUGUUCAUAUCUUACAUUACCACCCGCUCUAUUAAUAAGAUAUCUGUCUGCAUCGAUCCACAGUGUUGUGCAUCAGUGUGAACAAGAGUUUCCUGAACAUUGAUGGGCUACAUCUGCCCUCGUUUACCUUCUUUCUUUUGCAUCUUUUGCUUUUUAUUGUAUCUGCAAGCUCUGUUCAGUUUGCACUGCCCAACUGAACCAAGUGCGAUCAUAGCGGAUCAGGUGAUCAGAGCGAAUCCCGCCACUCCUGCGUUUCCUCCAGAAGCUUCAGAGACAUUGACUGCGUCUCGACUUCACCUCUUUUACCUCACACUAAAGACCCACUACAACAUAAGACAAUCUGACCUCUUGAACUUUACCCAAUCCCCUUAUUUCCUUCCCUCCAACUCAGCCAACAGAGGCACUUACUGUACAACCCCCCCCUUAGCUCUGUGUUAAACAGACACUCUCAGCCAUGAUUUAAUUUAAAAGUAUAAAUUAAAGUCUCUAAUCCAAGACUGGCUCCUUCAUGCAGCAAUUUCUGUCAGUCCCUCAGCCCUAGACUACUUGCCCUUUUCAUUUGUGCACUAAGAGUUAAUGCACACUUAUCAAGUGCUAAACUUCUCAAGUAAGCCCUGUAAGAUAAGGCAGGCUCAGCAUUCAUUCUAGCUGUAUAUGAGAAGUGUUUAUGCUUUUUUAACCUGUUACAAAUCAAACUCUUACAAAUUACAGUCAAAUGCCUUAGCUUUUAAUUAAGAUUGUAAUUGAUACAGUGAUUAACUAAUAAUUCAUUCAUUUAACUGUUUGUUUACAACCUACUCCUUUUGAACUAGUAGUUGAACAACUUCCAGUAUAUUAAUAAGUUACAUGCCUGUUGAUCUGCUCUCAAUUACUUGAUUAAUCGAUUGACUCAUUGGUUAAUUUGUAUUUACAUAACACAACUAGGACUUUGAACAAUUUGUAUAUGUUAACCUGUUAAUCUACUCCGAAUCACAUUUCAUCCCAAAUCCUUUGCUAAACCGUCAUAAGCUAUAAGGCAAAACUGGUCUCAGAUGGCCACAGGGACAAACUGACUGCUGCUGCCCGUUCCGUGUGAGGUGGCUCAUCUUGGAUGCGACUCUCAGGAUUUCCUCCUGGGUCAGAGCCCUUUGCUGAGGCUGGUCUGCGAAGCCUCAAUGUACAUACGCCAUGUAAAUAGCUAAAUAAAUAUGAAGACUCUAUUUUAUGUAUGAGCUACGAGAUGGACACUCAAGAAGAAUAUUUGUUUUGUAAAUCUGAGGAAAAAAACGUAUGUGUACAUUUUAAAAACUAAGAUUGAGACCGAGUCUAAUGUCCGCAAUGAAAAAAAUUGUACAGCAUAUCUUCUUGGUUUUGUUGCAUUGCAAUUUAGAUUUUGUUCCUAUCCAUAGUGGAUGACUUGUAUAUAUCUUCUUGUUUUGUUGCAUUUCUUUGGUUGUUUUUUUUUGUUUUGUUUUGUUUUCUAUCUGCGAUUGAUGAAUUGUACAGCAUGUAUUAGGUUUAGUUGGAAUUUGUUUUUAGUUUUUUUAAAAGCGGGUAAACUACGAUCUCUGGGUGUUGUUUUUGGUUUUUGUACAGAAGUCCGUGUUUACAGUGCGCUCCUCUGAAACUCAGACAUGUCCAGUGAGGCGGGGAAGUAGGCGGGGUAGAGGGAGGCGCUGCUCCGCCCCUUCUCCAUCUGAAACAAAAACGCAUCUAAAAUAAAGCCUCUUCUGAUGA